AUGUCACAGUCAGCGUACGAGAAGGCGCGCAACGAGCGCAUCGAGCGGAACAGGCAGCGGUUGAAGGCGCUGGGCGUCGCGGACGCAGCCCAGGCCGUCAAGAAGGCCCAGCGUCGACCUAGGAAGGCGGGCUCUGGCAAGAAGGCCAAGGCCGGGGACUCGCAGGAGCGCCGACGGUCGCGCCGCGUGCAGCAGCUCGAAGCCGUGGACUACGGCCCGCUGCCUGACGAUCUCGAUGACGUGCUGGAGCUGCAAGCGACCACUGUCAAGGCCAGGAAACGGACCGCAAAGGCGAAGGCCCCCGGGGCUGCGUCGGCGCCCGUGGACGCGAGCUCGUCCCGGGCGACGCUGGCGGACUGGCAGGGGAUGGAGGAGCGGCACCUGGGCCUGCGGGUGCGGCCGCGGGACGGGACGGGGGCGAUGAAGGCUGCGGUGAUGGGGGAGGUGCGGGGGAACGGGCAGAGGCCGCCGAAGUUCAACAAGUUCAGCGGCGUGAUCGAGUUCAAGAACUGCAUGUGCCUGUUCGUCAACGUCACGGGCCGGACGGGCUCCGACUACCUCAACAGCUUCACGCACGGGGGGCGCUGCCUGUGGUUCGGCGUGAAGCAAGUCAAGGAGCACCCGCAGGUGCAGAAGCUCCUCAGCACGACGCCGCUCUGCGAGAACGGCAAGCGCGCGGACGGCCCCGCCAGCGGCAGCUCCAACGGCGCAGACGCGUGCCACCCGGUGUUGCUGUUCUGUCGGGAGGAGGGCGAGGCGUAUGUGUGCUGCGGGCGCGUGGGCGUGCGGUCGUACAAGGAGGCGGAGGCGCCCGGCGAGCCGUUCCAGGUCGAGCUGCAGCUCCUGUCGUUCGACAAACUGCAGAAGAGCGAAGAGUUCCGCGCCGUGCAGUCGCCCGCGUAG